AUGGAAAAACGUAUGCAAUACUGGAUAGCAUAUAGAAUUUUGUCACCAGCAUCCACUGUGGAACAAUUUACUGAAAACUGGAAUCGUGACUUUCCCUCCUAUCCUCUGACUCUAGAUGAUUUAAAAAAAUCACAUAAAGUAAUGAGUGCCCUGUUGCAUGUUUUUGAUCGACUGGGUAUUGAUAAAGAUACAAUUUUUCAGGCGCCACCAGAAGAAAGCAACAAUAAACAUUUUAUUUAUUACUGGGACUUAAUUCCUGUGAUCAAUAUGACUCGGAUCAUCAAUCAUCUUAUCUCUGUGAUGCCACAAGUAGGCACCAAUAUCACCAUCAACCACUUUCUGCAACCGACAGCAAAAACAUCACAUCCCAUAUUGCUGUUACUUUACAAUCUAAUGUUAUUUAAUGAAGAACGUCUGAGGGACAUUGCACCAUAUGAAGAGGAGCUGUUUUCAAAGAUAAAUGAGGUCAAGACAUUAGAGGAUGGAAAAAACAGGUUACUGGAAAAACUCAAUGAGCAAGCAGAGGAAAAGGGAAAACGUGCAGAGAGGCUAGAAAAGCUAGACACUGAGAUAAUUCAUUUAGAAGAAGAACUAAAACAUGAAAAAGAAGCUCAUGAGGAAGAAAAGAAAGAGUUGGAUAUUAUUUUAAAUGAGGACAAACAAACGGAUAUAUUAUUGGAGCAAAAGAAAACACACAGAGAUUGUCUCAUAGCAGAAGUAGAGAAGAAAAGAGCCCAAAGAGUUUAUGAUGCAGAUGAUAUCAAAGCCCAGGCAGAGCAAGCGGCACAGAAUAAUCAAGAAGCAGAAGAGAAGUUAAACUGCCUUAAAGCAACACUCAUGAAUAAAGAAAACAGCUUAAAAAAUUUGCAUGCAAUCAAACCUAACUUGGAUACAGGAAUUAAUUUGUUACAUGAGAUUAUAAAGCUUUCUGAAAGUAUGAAAGAUUAUGAUUCUGAUGAUUUAGAAUCAGAUAGUCAAGAUGGUGAGUUGGAAGUUAUUAAUACAGAAUCAAAUGAGCUGGAGGCUCAACUGGCGGACUUAAGAGCCGCUAGAGCAGAAGUAGCUAAAAAGUUGCAAGAGAAUCAAGCGAAAAGGCAACAAGAAAUGAUGCUGGCGGAAACGAACCUUCGAGAGGCGGAAGAGAAGGAAAGAAAGAGGGUAGAAAGUGCAAAGAAAUUGACACAGCGCUUAGAAGAACUCAAACACCGUCGUACUACAUAUGAAGAGGAAAAAGCUGAGUUAAUGGACGAACUCACAAGAAUUAAAAACGACUUCAGCAAUAGUUUGAAGUCAAUUGAAGAUUCCUUAAUAAAGAAAACUCUGGAUGUCAAGAAAAGAAUAGAAGAUAAAAUUCGUAAUCGUAAUAAUAUGUAA